UGCUGAUGAAAUGGGAUAUGAAAACCUGCGUUUGUAUUUCUUGGUUCUUACGGGAUGCUGAUUCUUGAUGGCGUCUGUGCAGGAUAUGCCGCAGUACGAAUCAGCCGAGUCAGUUUACCACGUGAAGCACUUCGUUUCUAGAAGGGAGUCCCCUUGGAAGGUAGACGGUGAUUCUAGCGGAGUCUCGUCUAAAUUAAAGCUGCUUGAGCAAGAACUACUGAAUUUAGAGCGAGUUUGUAGGGCAGAUUUUUCGAAGGCACCAUCACCUAUGCGAAAGCAGGCCAAGAGGUACCAAGCAUUAGCAGGAAAAAUCGAUGAUCUUUGCAGGAGAAUGCAAGCUAGUGAUCCAUGUGAAGCCACUCUGAGCUCAGAGUUUCGCAUCCAAAGGCAAACCGAGUUCUUGCUAGAGGCGUUUCGUCUGCAGCAACGAGCCUCUGAAGCCAGCCAGAAACUCACAGCACUACAAACUGAGAGAGGAAAGAGCUACCACGGAGGGGAGGUCGAAGGGGCAGCUAACGUAGCCACUAGGCGAGCCCUGGACUCCAUCAGAAACAAUUUCAAAGAGAUCCAAAGGAAUCUUGAGAUAUGGCUAGCAAGAAUCAUAGGAGAUCUCGAAGGACUGAUGUCUAGAGAUGGCGCCUCUCGUGCACAAGAGUACUACGCCUCUAGGUACCCUUUUGUUCAUCAGUAAGUAAAUAAACAAUGGCACUAAUCUAGUUUGAUUUGAGUUUGUAGCAGCACUAGUGAUCAAGAAAAUGUGCAGUUUCCCUUGUGUUAGUCUUUAACUUUUCUUGCUU